AUGUCGAAGUUCUGCCGAACCCAAGGAUUCCCAGGGAGAAUUGCUGGAACAGGUAACUUAGAGGGACAUUCUGAGUGUGAGUGUAGCAGGAGGGCUUUUUUCACUGUGCAAGGACUGAUGGUGGGGAAGGAUGGGAAGACAGCGGGCCAGGAAGACGACACUGCUACAAGAUCUUCCAACCGGACUGAACAGGUGGCAAGAGGUGCUGCUGGAAUGGCCCCCAGGACCACCCCAACUAGCAGAACCUCCAAAGGGAUCCUCCAGGUCAACAUACGCUUCCAAGCUUCAGGAAGCUCAAAGGCCACUUCUCCUAGGAACACGGCCCAUAGUGAGGAUCCUCAACUGCUUGUUGCAACAGAUGUGAUGUCUCUUAUCCAGAGAGUGGGCCAGGGAAGCUGCAUUUUAUUUCUGGUAAUCCUCUGCAAAGACCGGCAGGAAAACUUAAGGCCAGACUUACCAGAAAAUAUGAAGAAGUUAUUUAUUAUUAACCUACCAAUAGCAUACUCCCCAAGGGCUGAGAAUGGGGAGCAGAAAUCUCCAAACCUGGAGGGCGCGGGCGGCUGCGACGCGCCAUCCCCUCUGUCGGCGGCCGGCGACGACUCUCUGGGCUCGGACGGGGACUGCGCGGCCAACAGCCCGGCCGCGGGCGGCGGCGCCGGGGACCCGGCGGGCGGCGGCGAGCAGCGCGCGGGCGGCGGGACCGGCGCGGAGGAGGAGGGCCAGGCGGCUGCGGCGGCGGGGGGCGCGGAGGUCGGCGCCGCGGGGCCCAGCGCGCACAGCGCAGGGAGCAGCGAGGGCGCGCGCAGCAAACCGUACACGCGGCGGCCCAAGCCCCCGUACUCCUACAUCGCGCUCAUCGCCAUGGCCAUCCGCGACUCGGCGGGCGGGCGCCUGACGCUUGCCGAGAUCAACGAGUACCUCAUGGGCAAGUUCCCCUUUUUCCGCGGCAGCUACACCGGCUGGCGCAACUCAGUGCGCCACAACCUCUCGCUCAACGACUGCUUCGUCAAGGUGCUGCGCGACCCUUCGCGGCCCUGGGGCAAGGACAACUACUGGAUGCUUAACCCUAACAGCGAGUACACCUUCGCCGACGGGGUCUUC